AUGUUCAACUGCAACAAAUGGAAAGUUGGACAAGGGACUACCUUUUUAGUGGCUGUUAUAGCUGGUGUGGUAGCAGCUGUAUUUUAUUUCUAUGUUCCUACAGUUAUUUUAGGCCAAGUUGGCGAGGUAAGAGUUUUAAUUAAUUAAUUUUAAUUUUAGUUUAUUUUAACUGAACACUAUCGUUUACUGACGUCAGAUAAGCUUGUGUUUUUAAAUAAUUCAUUAAGAAACAACGUUGUUAAGAUAACAAUUUUUAGAAAGCAAUUUUAAGUCGUGAUAAAAACGGUAGCUUGUCUGAUACAACGAAGAGUUGGAUGGAUCCUCAUUAUGACAUGAGCAUGUCAGUUUACACCUUUUCCAUUCUUAAUUCUGCCGACGUUGAAGCGAAAAAUGCAAAGCUUAAGGUUUUGGAGAAGGGCCCAUACGUUUUUGAGUGAGUUUAACUUUAAAAGAAGUUUUAUGCACAAUUUUUUAAGUGAAAAUUUUUAAUACUUAUAUAUUUUGUUAUUGAAAGUAUGUAAUUACAGUGAAAUACAACACAAACGUGCCUCCUUUUUUGAGAACGACACCAGGAUUGUUUAUCGCAACUAUAAGAUAUAUUUCUUUAAUAAGACAAAGUCUUGUUCUUCGUGCUUUUUAACGGAUACAGUGACAAUACCAAACAUUGUUCUUCAGACAAUUAUUGAUAAACUGCCCGACAAUCGUAUAUUAAAAGCCUUAGUAGAUACUUUGUUGAGAGUGGAAAAGGAGAAAUUAUUUGUGACAACGUCUGUGGGAAAAAUAUUAUUCGAUGGGUACGAAGACGAAUUAAUUGGAAAGAUUUGUAAUAGUAAUCCGAUUGUAAGGUCUUUUUGUAGGGCUCAGAAGAUACCUUUGAAAGUUGGUUUGUUUUAUCAGGUAUGCAAUUUUAUAUUUUUAGGCAUCGUUUCUAACUGCAGCACUCGGAGUCUUAGUCUAGAUUUUUCUGCUGUAACGAAAUUGUAUUUUAUACUAGUUCAUAGUGAAAUGCGCUCUGUUUUACGUUCAAGCACAUGCACAAGUUUCUUUCUUAAAAUUAUAAAGCAUUAAAUUAUUUAUCUUCAGAAGAACGGCACUGAUGAUGGGACUUACGAAAUCGGGACUGGGGUCGGUGACAUUAUGGACUUGUCGAAGGUUUAUAAACAUAAUGGCAUAAACGCCACGAUUGCUUAUUAUGGCCCUAAAGCGCGUGAAAUUAAAGGAACUGAUGGUCAAAUGUUUCCGCCUGGUCUGGAUAGACGCGCAUCUAACUAUUUAGAUAUAUUUGUUGGGCAACUUUGCAGAUCCAUAGAGAUGGAACGAACUGGAAGUACGAGUUAUGAAAAUGUUGAAGUUUACACGUAUGGUCCGUCACGAAACAUGCAUGAUAUUGACUUACAAAGGGCAAAUGGGUUUUGUAACCCAAACUCACCCCGCUUUUUCAAUAAUACAUACAUUCAGGUAAGUUUAAUUUUAUUAUUUUAAAAUUUUUUUCUUUAUUUUAAAAAAUGUUUUUAGGAAAGCGGAUGUGCUCCUUCAGGAGUUAUGGACGUAAGUAGCUGUUUACCAGGAAAUCCCCGAAUAUACAUGAGCCAACCGCAUUUUUAUGGAUCUCAUCCAGCGGUUCACGACGCUAUAGAUGGCUUAAAGUCUCCGUCAGAAGAUGAUAAAACCGAAUUGGGCAUUGAGCCUACUGCUUCAGUUGUCGUUUAUGCCAAUCAACGUACGCAAUUAAAUUUGGCUAUUAUUAAUGGAGGUUUACCAUCUUUGGAAAACAUUCAGCCUAAAAUAGUACCGUUGAUAUGGAUUCAUGAAGUGGCGACUUUUGAUAAUAAUACUAAAGAUCAACUAAAAACAUUAACUGCGGCAAAAAGAUAUGUUUUUUUUGUCAGCGUUGGCACUUUCUUGUGCUUCUGUUUUUUUAUCGUUGGAUUUGGCGUUUUGUUUGCUAUCAGUUCGAGAAAACAAGUGAGUGUUAAACAUAGUUUAAUUAAUCGCACGACGUUUAUGUAUUUUUAUGUCUAGUGAACUCCCUAUAUAAAGAAUUGCAAGGAGUUUAGAAAAACGUUCGCUGUAUUGGUGUUUUGUUAUAUCAGGAGUUCUUUUUAUUAAAGAAUCAGUGCAAACAUUUUUUCUAGGGGGCCCUAAAAAAUUCGCUAUAAUGGUGGUUCUAUUUUAAGCGGAGUCAUAUUAGCGAGUUUUCACAGUAUCAUUUUUUAAAUUUGAACCGUACACGAUUUUACAAUAGUCAUUUCAGGAUGCCGAUGCAGUCCCGCUUUUGGUUGACGAAGAACCUAUUAACGAAGGCCGAGUUGAACAAGAGACGCUCUAG